UAGAAUCAGUGAACGAUGGAGAGACUCCUACUUUACGCCUUCUCACUCCCAGCUCAAUGGGCGUGGCUAUCCACACUAAGAAUAGUAGAUGUAGGUUGCCGAGAGACACUUACCACGCCUCACUCUCGUGACGUCGGCUACAGGAGUCCCGUCUUCCCAAACAUGGCGGCUAGAAUCGGUGUCCUCUCUGUAGCAGGCUUCAGAGCUGCAGCGAGAGCAGGGGGCCUCUUGACAAGACCAAAGCAGUCGAUGGCUGUUGGCCAUGUUCCCUGUCGGACAGUAAUAGCCUCCAACGGUGGGGCCAUUUUACCAAAGCCGCAAAAAGUUAGCUUUGGCCUUCUCCGAGUGUUUACUGUGGUCAUCCCAUUCCUGUAUAUAGGAACCCUUAUGAGUAAGAACUUUGCAGCCCUCCUGGAAGAGCAUGAUAUCUUUGUUCCAGAGGAUGAUGAUGAUGACGAUUAAAGAACCUUUGGCAAUACAGUGUUCACUACAAGCCUUAUCAUGUGACCGUGGGCCUUUGUCUACUGAAAUGAACAGGACGGAAGAUGCUGCAGCCCAAUCUACACUGAAGCUACACAGAUGAUUUACUGCAUGUUUACAAAAGAAAUGGAUAUAUGUUUUGCUUGAGGGAUGUUCUUGCUUGGUUUCCAAGGUGAAAGAAGCAUUUGGUGUUUGAGGGUGAUGGUAAUAAAUAUCUGUUUUAAAAUG